ACGGCCUCAGCAUGGCUGGAGAAGCAGUGCGUUGGUGUGCGCCCAGGAUCCGAACCUGGGACGCCAGCAGUGGAGUGCGCGCACCUAACAGCCAAGCCAUGGGGCCGGCCCCUGUAGUAUAUUUUGAAGUCAGGGAUUGUGAUGUCUCCAGCUUUGUUCUUUUUUCUCAGGAUUGUUUUAGCUAUUCGGGGUCUUUUGUUGCCCCGUAUGGAUUUUAGUAUUCUUUGUUCUAUUUCCAUGAAAAAUAUCUUUGGGAUUCUGAUUGGGAUUGCAUUGAAUCUGUAGAUUGCUUUAGGUAGUACGGACAUUUUAACUAUGUUUAUUCUUCCAAUCCAUGUGUAUGGGAUAUCUUUCCAUUUCUUUAUGUCAUCAUCCGUUUCUUUCAAUAAUGUCUUAUAGCUUUCAUUGUAUAGGUCUUUCACCUCCUUGGUUAAAUUUAUUCCUAGAUAUUUUAUUCUUUUUGUUGUGAUUGUAAAUGGGAUUUUCUUCUUGAGUUCUCUUUCUGUUAGUUCAUUAUUAGAGUAUAGAAACGCAACUGAUUUCUGUAAGUUGAUUUUGUACCCUGCAACCUUGCUGUAGUUGUUGAUUAUUUCUAAUAGUUUUCCAAUGGAUUCUUUAGGGUUUUCUAUAUAUAAAAUCAUGUCGUCUGCAAACAGCGAGAGUUUCACUUCUUUGUUGCCUAUUUGGAAUCAUUUUAUUUCUUUUUCUUGCCUAAUUGCUCUGGCCAAAACCUCCAGUACUAUUUUGAAUAAGAGUGGUGAGAAUAGGCACCCUUGUCUUAUUCCUGUUCUCAGAGGAAUGCCUUUCAGUUUUUCCCUGUUGAGCAUGAUGUUGGCUGUGGGUUUGUCAUAUAUGGCCUUUGUUAUGUUGAGGUAUUUUCCUUCUAUACCCAUUUUGCUGAGAUUUUUAUCAUAAAUGGGUGUUGGAUCUUGUCAAAUGCUUUCUCUGCAUCUAUUGAGAUGAUCAUGUGGUUUUUAUUCCUCGUGGUGUAUCACAUUGGUUUUUAUUCAAUGUGGUGUAUCACAUUGAUUGAUUUGCAGAUGUCGAACCAUCCCUGUGUCCCUGGUAUAAAUCCCACUUGAUCAUGGUGUAUGAUCUUUUUAAUGUAUUGCGGUAUUUGGUUUGCCAAUAUUUUGUUGAGGAUUUUUGCAUCUAUGUUCAUCAGUGAUACCGGCCUGUAAUUUUCCUUCUUUUUAUUGUCCUUGUCUGGCUUUGGUAUCAGGGUGAUGUUGGCCUCACAGAAUGUGUUAGGAUGUCUUCCAUCUUCCUCUAUUUUUUGGAAUAGUUUGAGAAGGAUAGGUAUUAAAUCUUCUUUGAAUGUUUGGUAAAAUUCUCCAGAGAAGCCAUCUGGUCCUGGACUUUUAUUUUUGGGGAGGUUUUUGAUUACUGUUUCAAUCUCUUUACUUGUGAUUGGCCUAUUCAGAUUGUCUGUUUCUUCUUGAUUCAGUUUUGGGAGGUUGUAUGAGUCUAAGAAUUGAUGUUUCUUCUACAUUGUCCAAUUUGUUGGCAUAUAGUUUUUCAUAGUAUUCUCUUAUAAUCCUUUGUAUUUCUGUGGUAUCUGUUGUAAUUUCUCCUCUUUCAUUUCUAAUUUUAUUUAUUUGAGCCUUCUCUCUUUUUUUAUUAGUGAGUCUGGCUAAGGGUUUGUCAAUUUUGUUUGUUUUCUCAAAGAACCAGCUCUUUGUUUCAUUGAUCCUGUCAACUGUUUUUUUGGUUUCAAUUUCAUUUAUUUCUGCUCUAAUUUUUACUAUUUCCCUCCUUAUGCUGACUUUGGGCUUUGUUUGUUCUUCUUUUUCUAAUUCUGUUAGGUGUAGUUUAGGGUUGCUUAUUUGGGAUUUUUCUUGUUUGUUAAUAUGGGCCUGUAUUGCUAUGAGUUUCCCUCUCAGGACUGCUUUUGCUGCAUCCCAUAUGAGCUGGUAUGGUGUAUUUUCAUUUUCAUUUGUCUCCAGAUAUUUUUUUAUUUCUCCUUUAAUUUCUUCAAUGAUCCAUUUGUUGUUCAGUAACAUGUUGUUUAGUCUCCACAUUUUUGUCACUUUCCCAGUUUUUUUCUUGGAGUUGAUUUCUAGUUUCAUAGCAUUAUGAUUGGAAAAGAUACUUGUUAUGAUUUCAGUCUUCUUAAAUUUAUAGAGGCUUGCCUUGUUUCCCAACAUAUAGUCUGUCACUGAGAACGUUCCAUGUGCACUUGAGAAGAAUGUGUAAUCUGCUGUGUUUGGAUGGAGUGCUCUCUAUAUAUCUAUUAAGUCCAUCUCAUCUAGUUUUUCAUUUAAGUCCACUGUUUCUUUAAUGAAUUUCUGUCUGGAUGGUCUAUCCAUUGAUGUAAGUGGGGGGUUAAAAUCUCCUAUAAUUAUUGUGUUGUUGUUAAUAUCUCCUUUUAGGUUUGUUAAUAGUUGCUCUAUGUACCUUGGUGCUCCUGUGUUGGGAGCAUAUAUGUUUAUAAGUGAUAUGUCUUCUUGGUGGAGUGUCCCUUUUAUCAUUAUAUAUUGCCACUCUUUGUCUCUCAUUACCUAUUUUAUCUCGAAGUCUACUUUGUCUGAUAUAAGUAUGGCAACACCUGCUUUCUUUUGUUUGCCGAUAGCUUGGAGUAUUGUCUUCCAUCCUUUCACUCUGAGCCUGUGUUUGUCUUUAGAGCUGAGAUGUGUUUCCUGGAGGCAGCAUAUUGUUGGAUCUUGUUUUCUAAUCCAUCGUGCCACUCUGUAUCUUUUGAUUGGAGAAUUCAAUCCAUUUACAUUUAGAGUGGUUAUUGAUAUAUGAGGGCUUAAUGUUGCUAUUUUAUCACUCAUUUUCCAGUUCUUUUGCAUUUGCUUUGUUUCUCCUCCCAUGUGUUUCAGACUACUCAUUCAGUUUGGUAGUUCUAUGUGGUGGUUUUCUUAGUUUUCUCUUUAUUGGUCGUAUGUGUCUCUGUUCUGAUUAUUUGUUUAGUGGUUACCAUGAGGUUUGUAUAAAAAAUCUUGUAGAUGAGAUAGUCCAUUUCCUGAUGGCCCCUUAUUUCCUUAGACUAAGUUGGUGCCAUCUCUUUCCUAUUCCCCUUCUAAGUAAUUAUUGUCACAACUUAUUCCAUCUUGUGUUGUGAGUUUGUGUUUAAAGUGAUGCGGUUAUAUUUAUUUUUGGUGUUUUCCUUCCCUUAAUCUUUGGUGUUAUAAUUAACUGUUUGCUAACCUAUUCUGAUAGAGAGCUGCAAUUUUCCUGAUUUUGCCUACCUGUUUUUCUCCUUGCACAAAGCUUUGUAUCCCCUUUCUCUUUUUUUUUUUUUUCAGGCAAGAGAGCCUUCUUGAGUAUUUCUUGCAGGGGGGGUCAUGUGGCAAUGAACUCCCUUAGCUUUUGUUUAUCUGGGAUAGUUAUUAUUUCUCCAUCAUAUCUGAAGGAUGUUUUCACUGGAUAGAGUAUUCUUGGCUGAAAGUUUUUGUCUUUCAGAAUUUUGAAUAUAUCAUUCCGUUCUCUCCUAGCCUGUGAAGUUUCUGCUGAGAAAUUGGCUGAGAUCCUGAUAGGAAUUCCUUUGAAUUUUAAAAAAAAUUUUUUUUGUCUUGCCGCCCCUCAUAUUUUUUCUUUAUCAUUGACUUCUGCCAACUUUACUACUGUAUGCCCUGGUGAGGGUCUUUUCAUGUUGAUAUAUUUAGGAGGUCUAUUGAUUUCAUGCACUUGUAUUUCCAGCUCCUUCCCCAGGUUUGGGAAGUUCUCAGCUGUUAUUUCUUUGAACAAGCUCUCUGCUCCUUUUUCCCUCUCUUCUCCCUCUGGAAUACCUAUGAUCCUUAUGUUGCAUUUCCUAAUUGAGUCAGAUGUUUCUCAGAGACUUUCUUCAUUUCUUUUUAGUCGUGGUUCUCUCUCCUCCUCCAUCCGAAACAUCUCUGCAUUCCUAUCCUCAAUAUUGCUAAUUGUUUCCUCCAUAUUGUCAGCUCUGUUCUUUAAAGAUUCCAGAUUUUUUUUAUGUCCUCCAUUGUGUUUUUCAUUUCCAACAUUUGCUUUUUCUUUAUAGUUUAAAUGUCUUUUGUGAAGAAGUUCCUGAUUUCAUUGAAUUGUCUAUCUGUGUUUUCUUGUAGUUUGCUGAGCUUUUUUAUGAUAGCUAUUUUGAAUUCUCUCGUUUAGGUUAUAAAUUUCUGUGCUUUCAGGAUUGAUUUCUGGGUGCUUGUCAUUUUCCUUCUGGUCUGGAGAUUUAAUAUAUUUUUGCAUACUGCUUGAGGGCAGUAUGAGGUGAAUGGAUACAUGAGACUGGGCUUAUUGUUCCUCAUUCUGAAAAUAUCUGGUUGCAGCUUCUACCUGCCGCCACUAGGCUGUGAGAGAACUUGGAGAGGGACAGUUUUUCCACGGAGGACCAUCCCUUCCCCCUCUCUCUCAGAGAGCUGCGCUGUCCACGUCCCAGGGUUGCUGUCGUUGGGGAAGGAGAGGAGUUCUCCUUACCUCCUUCCACUUCCUCUGGGGGUACCAGCACCUCCACCUUCAGAUGUAAGGCUGUGUGGGUUUCUCAGACCUCUUUUGUGUUGUGUGAACGUCCUCUGUUGGUAUAUGAAUGUCCUUUUUGUUGUAUCCUAGCAGAGGAGAGUCUAAGGGGGAAAGCUCACUCUGCCAUGAUGCUGAUGUAAACUCGAGUUUACAGUUUUAAACAGAGUGGUCUGAUGAGAGCCCCGGAGGUGCAGGAGGGAGCUGGGGGGGUUUGGAGAAAGGCCAUUCCAGAAGGAGGGAACAGCAGGUAUGCAGGCCCUGAGGUGGGAAAGUGCCUGAAAUCAAGGAAUAGCAAGGAAGCCAGUGUAGCCCAUGCAGAGUGGGGGGAGGGCAGAGUUUGGGGGGCUGCUGGAUAUACAGCAGGCCAUUGUGAGGACUUUGGCUGUGUUGAGAAUGGACUUCAGGGCACAAGGACAGGGGCAGAGACACUGGACAGGAGGCUAUUGCAGUAAUCCAAACCACUUGGACCAGUGGCAGUGGAGGGGAGAAGUGGUCAGGUCCUGGAUAUAUUUUGAAGGUGGAGCCGGUGGGAUUUCCUUAUGGACUGGAAGUGGGGUGUGAGAUAGAGGAAUCAAGGAUGACUCCAAGGAUUUGGCCCCAAGCACCUGGAAGAUGGAGUUGUCAUUAACUUAUGUGGAGGAGGCUAUGGGAGAAACAGGUUCAGGAGACAAGAGCGGGAGUUCAUUUUUCAAGUAGUGGAGUUUGGGUGUGUAAGAGAUGUCCAACAGAAUGUUUUGAGCAGGUGAAUGGAUACAUGAGACCGGAGCUCUGGGUAUGUGCUGGGAUCGGAGAUGUAAAUGCGGGGUCAGCAGCGCCUCAGUGGUGUGUGCGUGUAUCGGAGCCCUAGAGCCCCAGCUGUUGGGCUGGCUGCCCAGGGCAGGCAUGAUUGCAGCUCAUGUUUAGCAAGCACUUCGUAUGUACCACACACUCUGCACACAGGAUCUCACUGGGUCCUUAUUGAGACUCCCAGCAUCCCCAUCAUACGUAUCAGGAAGCGAAGGUCAGGGAGACGUUAAGUAAUUUGCCUAUGGUCUUUUGACUGGCAAAUGACGAGGUGGGGGUCCACGCCAGGGCUGACUCCAAACCCAGUGUCAUGGGCCCUGGGCUUCCCUGAGCCUUGCCCAGCCUGAGGCCCCUGUGACCAAGGGUCCUGUCUGGGGACAGGAAGGAGAUCCUGCAGGAAUACCUGGAGAUUAGCAGCCUGGUGCAGGACGAGGUGGUGGCCAUUCACCAGGAGAUGGCUGCAGCUGCCGCCCGCAUCCAGCCCGAGGCUGAGUACCAAGCCUUCCUGCGACAGUAUGGGUCCACACCCGAUGUCCCACCCUGUGUCACCUUUGAUGAGUCACUGCUUGAGGAGGGUGAACCGCUGGAGCCUGGGGAGCUGCAACUGAAUGAGCUGACUGUGGAGAGUGUGCAGCACACGCUGACCUCAGUGACAGAUGAACUGGCUGUGGCCACGGAGACAGUGCUCAGCCGGCAGGAGGUGGUCACUCAGCUGCAACGUGAGCUCUGGAACGAGGAACAGAACACCCACCCCCGGGAACGGGUGCAGCUGCUGGGCAAGAAGCAGGUAUUGCACGAGGCCCUGCAGGGGCUGCAGGUAGCACUGUGCAGCCAGGCCAAGCUGCAGGCCCAGCAGGAGCUGCUGCAGGCCAAGCUGGAGCAGCUGGGCCCCGGCGAGCCCCCGCCCGUGCUGCUCCUGCAGGAUGACCGCCACUCCACGUCGUCCUCGGAGCAGGAGCGAGAAGGGGGAAGGACGCCCACCCUGGAGAUCCUUAAGAGCCACAUCUCAGGAAUCUUCCGCCCCAAGUUCUCGCUCCCCCCACCACUGCAGCUUGUUCCAGAGGUACAGAAGCCCCUGCAUGAGCAGCUGUGGUACCAUGGGGCCAUCCCACGGGCAGAGGUGGCUGAGCUGCUGACACACUCUGGGGACUUCCUGGUACGGGAGAGCCAGGGCAAGCAGGAGUACGUACUGUCGGUGCUGUGGGAUGGCCAGCCCCGGCACUUCAUCAUCCAGUCUGCUGACAACCUGUACCGACUGGAAGGUGACAGCUUUCCCAGCAUUCCCUUGCUCAUCGACCACAUGCUGCGCUCCCAGCAGCCCCUCACCAAGAAGAGCGGUGUCAUCCUGAAUAGGGCUGUGCCCAAGGACAAGUGGGCACUAAACCACGAGGACCUGGUGUUGGGCGAGCAGAUCGGGCGGGGGAACUUUGGUGAAGUGUUCAGUGGACGCCUGCGAGCCGACAACACCUUGGUGGCAGUGAAAUCUUGUCGAGAAACGCUCCCACCAGACCUCAAGGCCAAGUUUCUCCAGGAAGCGAGGAUCCUGAAGCAGUACAGCCACCCCAACAUCGUGCGUCUCAUUGGCGUCUGCACCCAGAAACAGCCCAUCUACAUCGUCAUGGAGCUUGUGCAGGGGGGCGAUUUCCUGACCUUCCUCCGGACAGAGGGACCCCGCCUGCGGAUGAAGACUCUGCUGCAGAUGGUGGGGGAUGCGGCUGCGGGCAUGGAGUACCUGGAGAGCAAGUGCUGCAUCCACCGGGACCUGGCUGCUCGGAACUGCCUGGUGACGGAGAAGAACGUCCUGAAGAUCAGUGACUUUGGGAUGUCCCGGGAGGAAGCUGACGGGGUCUACGCAGCCUCAGGGGGCCUCAGACAAGUCCCUGUUAAGUGGACCGCGCCCGAGGCUCUCAACUAUGGUAUGUGGGCUGCAGGGCCUGAGGCUGGGCGUGGGUCUUGCUGGCUGCCUCACUCUGGCCCAUGGGCGUGGACAGCCCAUUCCCGAAGCCUCACCUCCUUGCAGGCCGCUACUCCUCUGAGAGCGACGUGUGGAGCUUUGGCAUCUUGCUCUGGGAGGCCUUUAGCCUGGGGGCCUCCCCCUACCCCAACCUCAGCAAUCAGCAGACUCGGGAGUUCGUGGAAAAGGGGGGCCGUCUGCCCUGCCCCGAGCUGUGCCCCGACGCUGUGUUCAGGCUCAUGGAGCAGUGCUGGGCCUAUGAGCCCGGGCAGCGGCCCAGCUUCAGCACCAUCUACCAGGAGCUGCAGAGCAUCCGAAAGCGGCAUCGGUGAGGCUGGGAGCUGCGUCUCAAGCCAGUGGCCUCUGCAAGCGGGGCUGUACCUCCUCACCAGCUCCUGCUUUCACCGUUGGACACUGUUCACAGGCCUGGACUCCAGCCAGCAGCAUCUGUGCUGCUGGCAGGGAUGCGGCUCCAUGUCUGCUGUGCAUCCCUGCUCCUGCCAGGGCUCCCUCUUCCAGGCAGAAAUAAUAAAACCACUUGUGCCCAUCAAGUGCUCUUAGCAUGUAUGCUCCUCUGGAG